CAUGACCCUGGGGGUCCAACUUGCAUUCUCACAUUCUUCGAAAUUUUCAAGCGACACCUAAAACAAAGAAAAUCAGAAAAAAAAUUUACUUUGUGGUGUUGUUCUUCACAAUACUGUAAGCUUGAUUAGCGAGUUUCCAAAGCGCGAAAUACGAUGGAGGCAUACCAAAUGUAUUAUUUUGUUUUCACGUGGAGGACUGGUGACGACAAUCAAAAGAAUGGCGGUCAAAUCAAUCUUGACUUCAACAUGUUCUUCGUGUUGAUGUUACGUUUUUCUAGUUUAAUAAUCUUUUACGGCGGAAUGCUACCAUGGAAAGUCACACGUCUAUUUACGGAGGGGCAUUUCAACCACAUGAAAGCAGGAGAAACAAUGUAACAGGUUCUCCUCCUCGGAGCUAUCCUGCAACUUGUAUGUCAAGUGGUCUGAAGUUUUGGCUUGGAGAAAUCAAGAAACGAAAAGAUCUGUUUUCAAGUCAUGGAAAUCCUUCAGGUUUUUCAUUGCAAACAGAUGAAUGUGGCAGAUUUAGACCCUCUCAUCCAGUCCCUUGUCUUGCUGGCCGCUACAAGUUUCUCCAAGUCAUAGGGGAAGGACAGUCUUCAGUUAUCAUAGCUGCAGAGGACACAUUCCAUCCUUCUAAGCAAGCUGUUGCCAUCAAGGUUAUGAAUCUGAGUUACAAGAAUCUUGGAGCACAGGAAGCAGAAUGCAUUCAGCAACUGAACAAAGCAGACCCUCUCAAAGUUUCAAAGACUAUUAGGCUCCUGAAUAAGUUUAUUUAUGGUGAUCACUACUGCAUGGUGUUUAAGCUGCUGAGGCCAAGGCCACUUCAUAGAUAUUUUCAGAAUACACACUUUGACAAUGAGGAAAGCAAAUAUGAUAUGAUCAAGGAAAUUGGUGUGCAGCUCAUUGGAGUCUUAGGCUUCUUAAAAAGGGAAGGUGUUAUUCAUGCUGAUUUGAAGCCUGAAAAUAUUCUACUUCAAGAAGGUGAAAGGGUCCGGAUCAACGUUGUAGAUUUUGGAAACGCCAUUCGCUGGGUCCACAAGGAGAUGUCUUUGUACUAUAAUGACUUCGAGUUGCAGACGUUGUUAUAUAGAGCACCUGAGGUCAUGUUUGGGGUUCCGUUUGGCCAAGAAAUAGACAUGUGGUCACUUGGCUGUAUUCUUGCUGAGCUUUACCUGGGAAAGCCAUUGUUUUUUGGUCGUACAAAGACAGAAGUUCUACAUGAGAUUGUUGAAAUCCUUGGUCCUCUACCACGAGUCCCUUUCCAGUCUGGGAAGUUCUAUUCUGAGCUUGUUUGCUUUGCUAACCAGAAACCAGGGCAUACAGGCUCUGCUGAGUCAAGAUUAAUGAAGAAGUUAUACAAUACCAGGAAUUAUAUGUUUGCCAACUUUCUGAAUGGACUUUUGACUUAUAAUCCAGUCCUCAGAGUAACUCCUGUACAAGCUGCACGUCACCCGUUCCUAUCAUCUGAAUUUCCUUUAGCCUUGCUUUGCUCGAAUACCUCAGGUGACAUCGACCAACAUCUCAUGAAUAGACCUACUUCGUCUGGAAUUCUACUCACCAAGCGAGAAUAUCCUUACACACCAAAUAUCGACGAAGGCGUUCGACGUCAGCGCUAUUCUGGCAUUGAGCUUUUGCGCGCUGGAACAAAAGGCAUUUCACGUGACACAAGAUCUGUCUCCCCCCCUGUGGGUCGCGUUAUGCCUCUUGUCCACACGAAGGCUGAGUCUACAUUGAAAGGCAAAUGUGUUACGGAUAACCGUGAGGGUAAUAUAAACAGUAUUAAACGCGCUGAGAUACCCAAUCAAAGUCUUCCCCUCUAUUGCAUAAGUGAACAAGUGGAGCGCAAGAAGAUGCCAGAGCCAUAUUCAGAAGUACAGCUAGGACUGAAAGCAAACAUAGGAGAAAACCACCCAGGUAAUAGUACCAUGCCAGGCACUACACCUAACUCGAAACCAGCAGAAAAUCCAACAAAAUGUAGGCAAGCUGGCUUUACAAAACGUACAAAAUCUUAUACGCCCGGCCAGGGAACAUCCAUGCAAGGACAGUUUAAGAUGACUACCAAGAGCCCGAAGGUGACACCUAGUAGUAAGCAACCAUCGCAGGCUUCCUUGAACAAAGUUGACAUCACACAUGGCCGGACAUCGCUACGUCCAGCAGAUGUAAAACAUGGGACAGAACUGAGCUCAGAAGGUCCUCUGUCCAGGCCAUUGCAAUCACCGCCUAACCCACAAAGGCGACUAGCUGGUCUAGGCUCUCCUGGUCGGUCCGGCAACAGACUUGCAACAGAAAAGCCAAUCAGUUGUGCACCCAAGAAGAAGCUACCAGGAUCCAAAUUCAACAAAUCAGUUGAUCUCUUUACAGACGCCAAGUCCUCUGCUGUAAAAGAGACACAGCAAGCUCCGCGUACAAAACUUACCGCUACUCCGACACAAAGAAAACGUACUCUCGAUGGUGAUGACGGAGCAAGUCAGGCCAUAAGCCUUUCUUUACCUAAAAUAAAAAAAUGUGUGGAGGAACCGGUUAAUUCAACAAGUAGCAUACAGGAAAAUAAGCACCCACCAGCAACACGUACUAUUGGGGCUCUCUGCUUAAGGGGUACAGCCGAAAGUGAUGAGACGAUGGUGGCUGCCCGAACUCGCGUGUACCGUGUCUGUAAAGGGGAAUGUGUCGAUGACGGACCGGCCAUAAUUUCUGACACUAGUUUGGCUCUAUCGCCAAGAGACCGUCCAUUACACCAAUGCCAGCGCUCUCGACCUCAUGCGUCCAUCCCUCAGCAUCAGCAUGCAAAUGAUGAUGUGCUUCUGUUAUGAUUCCUGGAGGCGCCCAAGCUUGGAGAAGCGGAAUUCAAGUAAAUCCUAAUAUACCUAGAUAUUACGCAUAACUAAUACAAUCUUUUUAAAUUAUUUUGGAUUGUUAAGAAUGUGAUUGUUGUAUGGACCCUCGAUGUACAGUUUUUAACGGACCGUUCAUCUAUUAACCAUGUAUUGUAUUUUUAAAAUUUUCUAUGUAAAAAUGUUUUAUGGUAAUUCU